AUGCCUCUCGUCGUUCCAGGAAUCAACAACAAUAAGGGCGGAUCCGUAACAGAUCAGUGGGCCAACAAACUAGUUGGCAAGAAAUUGGGGGAGAGAUCUGAUGAGGUUACUUUCGCAAGAGCAGAGCUCCCAAAGGAGACAAGAGUCAUUGAGCCGGGACAGCUGGUUACCAAGGACUUUAACCCCGACCGAUUGAACGUCCAUUUGAAGGAAGAUGGCACUGUUUCUCACGUUGAUAAGCAGUAG